AUGGAUAAUCAAGCAUCAACAUCUAAUUCUGAGGAGGAAUAUAAAGGAGAUGCCUUUGACCCAAUAUAUGACAUUAUUGAUUACCUUGUAAGAUGUGCAAAAGUAUCAUUUAAAAAUUCUCACGUUAAUGAAAAGGAUAUCCGAAGUGCGGAAAAAACAAAUUAUGCUUAUACUGUCUUUAUAAAAUCUCCCACAGAUUUCCUCGUUCAAUAUGGCAAAUUUUUAUGUCCAAACCAUAUAAAAUAUUUUGAAGAUAUGGAUAUUUAUGAGACAGAUGAAGCCUUUAAACAAUGUGUUUCCCACCUCAAAUUUUACCACUCAGAAGAAAGUAGAAACAAAAGGGUGAGAAAUAGAAGAUAUAAAGCACUUCAAAAUUUACAAGACACUACUGAUUAUUUUAGUGAAAAACAAAUGAUGUUUAGAAAUCCUUUACUCUAUGAGCAACUUAUAGGCCAGUUUUUAACUGAUGAAGAAAUACAAAUCAGAGAUUCAGCAGACAAUGAAAACUUGACACUACUUAGUUUGAUUCUCGACACAGUAGACAGAAAUCAAAUGAGAGAAACUAAGAAUGUGCAAAUGCUUCUGGAAGAUGAUGAGACAAGCUUAAGUACAACUACACAAAAAACAUCAAACCAGAGUUUCUCUCAGAAUAAAAAGUGGGGAGAUUUUGAUAUACCUGACACAAGAGCUGAAAUUAGUCGAGAAGUUAGAAAGCAGACAAUGAUAGAUGUAAAUGAAAGAAAUUUAAUGAGAGAAGAAUUUCUUCAGGAAAUGUACAGUAGUUUUAUAGAAGGCAGAGAUAUUGAUUUUGAUUACAAUAGUGUUGACAGCAAUGAUGCUUAUGAUGAUCUAGAGCAAAUAUCUCAGGAUGCAGAGGAUCAAUAUUUUGAUUCUGAGAUGAAUGACAGUGAAACUUUGGAAGAGCACAUGUCUUUGGUACAUGAGUACAGCUCAAAGAAGUAUUCCAAUGACCAAGAUGAUCCAUUAGAUGUAUUUAUGAAACAUAUUACAAAUAAACUAAAUACCGUUACCUAA